CGUUGCUUUGAUAGCAAGCAAAGCACGACUAUCUUCUUUGCUCAGUACAGAUCGGCUAGCCAGGCUAGCCGUUGCUCAACACUCUUUAUCCAACGACCGAUUCCAAAUCAAUACCCUCUGCUUGGAUCUUAGGUUGGAGCAGUUGAAGCGAUACUUGAUCUCAAUUUAAGAAGAGAUGAGAUGGAAGAAUUGCAAUUGGAAGGAUGGCUUGAAAUCGAGCGGCGUGGGCAACUUUGACCUUUAGGAAGAUUUGAAACGUAUAUCAUUUCUUUGCCUCAGCUUCAAAACAUCGGAUUCGAGUAGGAAUCUGAAUCCGAAACCAUGAAAGUUUACGACUUCUCGAUACAUCGUCGUCAUGCAACUCCAGUCUCUGGGUCAAACACCGAAAGUCAGGAAUCGGCAGAUAUCGUCGUAUACUACGGUGCGCUGCAGAAUAGAGAUCAAACGAAUCGUUUAAAGUUUAUAGGUUAACGUAUAACUCUUCCAGGCAUGGAUGACUGGACUGGAGUUGGCAUGUACCUUAUUCCGAAAAGCCGAAUUUCGGGAUUUGCGGGCCUUGACUUUCCAUAGUCUCUCACGCCGGUUUCGUGACUCAUAACCUCAGCCCUCUCUUUAUCGGGGCUUCAAUGACGAACUGAAGUUGUUGGGAACGGUCAGGUCAAUCAACCUGUAGCCGGUAAACAGGAUGCACGAAAGCUAAAUGCGUAACCAGUGACGUAUCCAAGCGUUAUCUGACGUCCUCCGUGCUUGCUACACCACAUUACACACAUUACCCCCGCUUAUACAGUUAGAAAACUGAAUUCCUGAAAAAUCUCCCCCGAUCCUUUCCCAAACUUGUCCCCCCAAGUUGAAUGUCCAGCGAGGACAACGCUCCUUCCUCUGGUAACAGCCUUCCCCUGCCUUUUGAUCAUGGGAGCGGUAGUUUACCCGUUUCGUCGGUCUUUGGUCCAACAGGCGCUGUCACAGGUACGGGUGAUAACCACAUUCCCGUUGAUAUGAUCCUGCUUUCCAGCGAUUACGUCGUGUUCUAUACUCACGAAGCCACCCUCCUCACCGCCUCGAACAACUCUUUUCGGAACCUACUUCCACUUCCAAAACGGGGAGAUCCCUUGAACAGGGCAGUGUUCGUACCGGAGAUUUCGUCACCAGAGCUGGAAGUCAUGCUUCAGAGUAUUCACAAUGUUCCGAGGGGGGGGUUUUCGGUGGGUAGCGAUAUAGAACCUGUCAUGAAAGGCGUCGCUAGGCUUUGGGAAUGCGGGAUUUCGCCUCGCGACUGUAUCACGCCGACAACACACCUUUACCAAUAUCUGUUAUUCUGCGCACCCAUUCAUCCGUUGGAGGUUUAUGCUCUGGCUGCUCAGUAUGGCAUGGUUUCUCUCGCAGUGACAACCUCGAGUCAUACGCUUGUGCUUGACCUUUCAGAGAUAAGUGACGAACUACUGCGAAGAAUGGGAGCUAUCUAUCUACUACGUCUUCAUCAAUUGCACAUGGAGCGCACGGAGACAUUGAAGGAAAUGCUGGUUGGGGAGUUGGGGCUUCAUAAUCCAACUGCUCGGUGUGGUUUUGUCGGACAGAGGCGUCUGAAGGAGAACUGGAACAUGGCUGUAGCUUCUCUGUUAUUUCUAAUCAAACCUGAUACGACGACGAGCCUGAUUAGGGAGAAGAUAUUGGAGUACACUGCUGAUUUGCCGUGUCCUGAUUGCAUCGGACUCAGAGACAGUCUGCUUAGUAAAAUUAUUUCUAAGUGGUCGGUGACUAGGCGUACUAUCAACGUGUAA